AUGAGCCGGUGCGCCGAGGCGGCCGCCGUGGCGGCCACGGUGCCGGGCGCGGGCGUGGGGGGCGCGGGGCCGCGGCCGCAGAUGGUGCCCCGCCAGGCGUCCUUCUUCCCGCCGCCCGUGCCCAACCCCUUCGUGCAGCACACGCGCAUGGGCGCGGCGCGGCGCCUCCAGACGUUCUUGCUUGGAAUUGUCCUGCUUCCGGUCCGGGCCUUACUGCUUGGCUUAGUUUUAUUACUGGCAUGGCCAUUUGCUGCGAUUUCAACAAUGUGCUCUCCUGACAAGCUGACCCAUCCAAUAACGGGUUGGAGGAGGAAGGUCACUGAGCCUGUGCUACGGUUCCUGGGCCGGGCCAUGUUCUUCUCCAUGGGCUUUUCCGUGACCGUGAAGGGGAAGAUCGCCAGCCCCGUGGAGGCCCCGAUUUUUGUGGUGGCCCCUCACUCCACGUUCUUCGACGGGAUUGCCUGCAUCGCUGCCGGGCUACCAUCCAUGGUUUCUCGAAACGAGAAUGUGCAGGUGCCUCUGAUAGGCAGACUGUUACGGGCUCUGCAGCCAGUGUUGGUAUCCCGCGUGGACCCAGAUUCCCGAAAAAACACCAUAAAUGAAAUCAUAAGGCGAGCCACGUCGGGAGGGGAAUGGCCCCAGAUACUAGUUUUCCCAGAAGGUACUUGUACUAAUCGCUCCUGUUUGAUUACUUUUAAACCAGGCGCCUUCAUCCCAGGAGUGCCCGUGCAGCCCAUCCUCCUCCGGUACCCCAACAAGCUGGACACGGUGACGUGGACGUGGCAAGGAUAUACAUUCUUUCAGCUGUGUGUGCUCACCUUCUGCCAGCCCUUCACAAGGGUGGAAGUUGAGUUUAUGCCUGUUCAAACGCCGAGUGAAGAAGAAAAAAGAGAUCCUGUCCUUUAUGCUAGUCGCGUCCGGAAUUUGAUGGCAGAGGCUCUGGGCAUUCCCGUCACCGACCACACCUAUGAGGACUGCCGACUGAUGAUCUCGGCGGGGCAGCUCACCCUGCCGAUGGAAGCCGGGCUGGUGGAAUUUACCAAGAUCAGCCGGAAACUGAAACUGGAUUGGGACGGCAUCCGGAAGCACCUGGAUGAGUACGCGGCCAUCGCCAGCUCCUCCAAAGGAGGGAGGAUCGGCAUCGAGGAGUUUGCCGAGUACCUGAAGCUGCCCGUGUCCGACGUGCUGAGACAGCUGUUCGCGCUCUUCGACAGGAACCAUGACGGCAGCAUUGACUUCCGCGAGUACGUGAUCGGCCUGGCCGUGCUGUGCAACCCUGCCAACACAGAGGACAUCAUCCAGGUGGCCUUCAAGCUCUUUGACCUCGAUGAGGACGGCUACAUCUCAGAGGAGGAGUUUUCCACCAUUCUGCAGGCUUCCCUCGGGGUGCCUGACCUCGACGGCUCUGGUCUCUUCAAGGAGAUAGCCCAGGGGGACUCUGUGUCCUAUGAGGAAUUUAAAACCUUCGCCCUCAAGCACCCGGAAUACGCGAGGAUCUUUACAACGUACCUGGAACUGCAGGCCGGCCACGUGUUCUCCUUACCGGAGCCGGGCCCCGCAGCGCCCCCCAUGACCAGUAACAAAGUCAGUCCCGAGAGCCACGCCGAGAGCCCCUCAGAUAAGAAAGAGGACUGA